AUGUUCUUCCUUUCUCCUCUUCUGCUUCGCAGCCACAGCAAACGGCUGCUCGUGCAGCUGAAAAGUGCAGCCCUUUCCAACUUUUACUACAUGACUCACAAAUCCCCUGCCAAGAAGAAUACAAGGAUUGCCCUAAGAAAAUAUGAUCCCAGAGCGGGACAGCACGUGAUGUUUUAUGAAACGCGGCAGCCAGGAGAAGGGAACAAGAAGCGCCUCACCCUGCACCUGCAGAAGUAUAUACAUUGGACCGGGAAGAACAUGAAGCUCAUGGCAAAGAGGGUUGAGAGGGCUUGGGAAUACGGUGCUUUCCAAAAAUACUUCGACGAAAAAUACCCUCAGCUGACCGACAUUAGAGGAAGGAGCUUACCCCGAAUGAAGUAA